ACGCGCGCGCGCACAUUGCAUUUGUCUCCGAUGGCAUCGGCGUCUCUCCAGUGGAUCUUCACACUGCUGAUGGUCCUGGUCAUCUUUCAGUGUGUGUGUGUGAUGUUUUCACACAUGGCCGAGUCCGACACACACUCGUCCAGAGAUGCGAUCACAAAGGGGUUUAUGAAGCUGCACUGUGAAAAACUCAGACGCAAGUUUUCCAUUAUCAAACCGGCCAAAAGUAUAAAGCUCAAUGGGUUCACGGAGGAGCUGUCAGAUUACAUGAGCUGCCCGUACAAAUAUAACCAAACUGAGCGGGAGCUGAACAGAAUCCGGUUGCAGUUUUGUUGUAACGCCACAGGAUCAUUCAUCCUCACCAAAGACAACACAGCCAUCAAUCAAUCCAUCCAAUAUGAAACAAGCACAACAAAAACAUACAAAAUGAAUUCAGAAAUUUACAGUAUGCUGCCUGAGGACAUCCCCUGGUCCGGUCGGCGUCUGGGUCGGUGUGCUGUGGUCGGCAGCGGUGGGAUUUUGAAAAACAGCAGCUGUGGACGUGAGAUUGACAACGCAGACUUUGUCAUUCGGUUUAAUUUGGCAGAGGUUAAUGACAGUGACGUUGGACUGAAGACGGAUCUGAUAACCAUCAACCCCAGUCAGCUCCGAUACAAAGACCUGGAGAAGAAUCCGGAUCCGUUGGUGGAGCGGGUCAGUGUGUACGGAAACGCCACCGUCAUUAUUCCUGCCUUCGCCUACACCUUCUGCACAACUCCGUCAAUCAACGCGCUCAAAGUCCUCCAUCCACUCAGACCUCAUCAGCCGGUGGUGUUCUUCAGCCCCUCUUACCUGCGGUCACUGGACCGGUUCUGGAAGGGGCGUGGCCUGCAGGAGAAGCGCCUCUCCACUGGGUUUAUUUUAAUCAGCACUGCACUGGAACUGUGUGAGCAUGUUCACGUUUACGGAUUCUGGCCGUUCGGCAGCGACCUGCAGGAACAGCCGAUUCCAUACCAUUAUUACGACCAGAUCCUCCCGAGCUCCCACAUGCACAAGAUGCCGGAAGAGUUUGUGCGACUACUGCAGCUCCACAGCCAGGGGGCGCUGACACUCCACCUGCUGCCCUGCGACUCACCAGAGAGGGAUCGAGAAAAUAAUUUAUAGGGUUUGCACGAAGACUAUCCCAGGUUGUUAAAGACAUAAUAUGUUAGAUUGUUGGAUUUAAAUAUCCCAAAACCA